UCUCUACUGAUGACUCCUACACCACGGGAGAUGGAUGAGAUCACAGAUGUUGAUUACCUUGUCGUUGGCGCCGGGGCCAUGGGGAUGGCUUUCGUUGACACCCUUCUCACCGAGAGUAGGAAAACAAUCGUCAUCAUCGACCGUUAUGCCCGUCCUGGCGGCCACUGGACGACUGCCUAUCCGUUCGUCCGCCUACAUCAACCGGCUGCUUCGUACGGAGUGAAUUCCACGCGUCUCGAACACGAUGGCAUCGAGAAGUUCGGCUGGAAUAAAGGCCUCGUCGACUGCUCAUCACGCGAUGACGUGUGUGCCUACUUUGAGAGGGUCAUGAAGAACAAAUUCUUAGCGUCAGGACGUGUGCAAUACUUCCCUAAGUGCGAUUACAUCAGCGAGGGCAAGUUCCGCUCCAUCCUGACAGGGAAAACGUACCGCGUUGCCAACGCCACGUGCAUUGUGGACGCGACCUACAGCCGAACUGUUGUUCCAUCAAUGCGACCCCCUCCCUACGACAUCGCUAGCCAGGUCGAUAUUGUAACGCCCAAUGGUCUCGCUGGAGUCUCCCGUGGAUACGAAGGCUAUACUGUUGUUGGAGGCGGAAAGACAAGCAUGGACACUUGCCUAUGGCUCCUCGAGAAUGGCAUCAACGCCUCCCAAAUAACGUGGAUCAGACCGCGUGACUCAUAUGUCUUCGACCGUUCUACAUUUCAGCCUGGACCUCAGUUUGCUGCGCAUGUUCAAGCUUCUACUAGAGGUAUGAUUGAGUCAGUUAUGGUCGCCUCGUCGGUGGAAGAUCUUUUAAGACACCAAGUGACCAAAGAAUUCUUGCUUCAAUUCGACGAAAAGGUUAUUCCUACUAUGUUUCAUUGCGCCACGGUAUCACGUCUUGAGUUUGAAGCACUCAAGCAGAUCAAAUCUGUUGUCCGGAAAGGCCAUGUUACUAGUGUCACGAGGGAAGAAGUGACAUUAGAGCAUGGUAGCUACAAACCCAUCCCUGACACACUCUACAUUGACUGCUCGGCUGGAUCGAUUCCUAAAGUCGCUCCUGUGAGAAUCUUUCGAAACCACAACAUCACGCUUCAGCCCGUCCGAUACUGCCAGCAGGCAUUCAGCGCAGCAAUGAUUGCUCACGUCGAGGCAACCUACGAAGACGAAAAGCUUAAGAACGAGCUUUGUAACCCGGUUCCACUGCCUGACGAGCCCAUCGAUUUUCCUCUCGUCAUGCUCCAGACCAAUUUGAACACUAUAGCCUGGCUCAAGCACCCACAAACAGCUUCCUGGCUUGGGUCUUCCCGACUGGAUAUAUUCAAGCGCAAUGUUCCGGAUGAUCCCGAGCAGAGAAUCGCCCAAACCAACCAAACAAUAGCGAUUCUUGAAGCAACAAGCAAGAAAAUUCGAUACCUUAUCGACAGCCUACCUGAGGCAGAGGCAGCGAAGAUGUACACGCAGCUCAAAGGCUUUACGCACGAGUCUGCACGUCUAUAGGUCGUGGUGAAGAGAUGUAGGAAGCUUUGAUAGAAUGAUAUGAUGGAAUGAGAUGACGGAAUGAGAUGACGGAAUUAUAUUGUGAUGUUCAGACUUCGGCGUCAGAUGAUCCAAAAAGGUAUGCUAAAAGGUUUCUAUUUUGUUGGUCUGGGUUACAUUCAACAAAUACGACGACCUAGACGAAUACGAUAUUACACAAUACUA